CUUCCGUAGUUAGAAACCACAACAAACGUUAACAGAAUUCACAACCAAUGGAGGAAGACAAACCUCAAAUACUUGAACAUGCUCACUCUGAGUUUAAAAACCAAAACUUCAAACGUGCAGAAGAACUGUACACAAAGUUUAUCUCGUCCUGCUUACAGUCCAGGGAAUGUGAAGAUAGUCAUUUGGCCAUUGCUUACAACAACCGUGGACAGAUAAAGUACCUCCGGGUGGAUUUCCGUGAAGCAGUGGAGGACUUCAGUUCAGCAAUACAGAGUGACAGCAGCUUUGAAACACCUUUCUACAACAGAGGUCUCAUCCACUAUAGACUAGGUUUUUUCGAUGAUGCCAAGAGUGACUUCCAACAAGCAUUAAAGCUCAAUCCAGCUUUUGAAGAUGCCAAAGUGAGCCUGAAACAGACACUUCUGGAUCAGCAGCAUAAGAUAGACAGGGGAUACUGACAACUCCACCAACUAUAGAGUACACAUUUUUAUAAAUCCUGCAUGGGAUGGCUAUUGUUAUUAUGUUUUUUGAUCUGAAGAUGAACCCUUCGAUUAAAGAUAUCAGCAUGAAGAUGAGCCUAAAAGUAAAGCACAAACCACAUCAAAAAACCAUCAAAGGCAAUGAAAACAUAACGAUAGCUGCAAAGCCUCUCUCAGGCAGAACCCAUGAAACCAAGUAGGAAUUCCUCAGGGAUGGGUGCGACAUUUUUAUAGAUCUUUAGUAAGCAGAGCAUUCAUUAUCCCUUUUUCUGCACUGACCCAACACUCCUCCCGUUGGAAAAUAAUGUAAUGGCCUUAUAAAGGUAAAUAUAUCGUGGCUUAAGUCUGUGAGUGGACGGAGCAGACUAAUCGACCCUGGCGAAACGAUGAGCUCGGGUUUUACUAUCUGUAAUAAAUGUUAGUGCAUCAUGUUGCAAGGAGGUUUCAGAAUAUAUACAAACAAUAAUCAAAGUGUUAUAUUACAGUAAUUGCAAGGAGUCCCCGCAGCAAAGCAGAAAUCAACAAAAGGAUAUGUGGUUUUAAGGAAAAGUACAAUUUAUUAUUAAUUGUGGAUUCAUUUGUUGCUUCUUUAAGUAUAAACGUGAUAUAUUUGAAAUACCAAAUAGAAAUGUAUAAACAUUUGCUGAACAAUAAAUAUUUUUGUUACACUACAGAAA